AGAAGCAUCUUUCUACAAACCACUUUUCUCAGCAAUCCUCAACAGAAGAGAUCUCACAUUUGAAGUGCCACGUUUGUGGGUACUCGCAACUUUCUACUGAAACUGACUUUUUUCACCACAUUGGCCAACAUUUGAAGAAUAAUGAAUCAGUUCCUUGUAUGUAUGUUGAUUGUUCAUAUCAAACCAACAUAUAUGGAAGUUUUCACACUCACAAAUGGAGAAAACACAAAGUGUGUACAGUUGGAGAUUUAAAACCUGGAAUAGUUCACAGGUCAAUCGUCAAUCCCUCUGCUUUAGAUUCAAGUAACAGUGACACUGAGUUGAAUGAAGAUUUACUAUUUGAUGAACCAACUUUUGAAGAACCUAGAGAUUUGACAAAAGAUGUUGAGCUAAAAUUAGCCUCAGUUUUACUGAAAUUAGAACAUAGUUACCUGGUGUCAAGUGCAGCUGUAAAUUUACUCCUUGAGGAACUGCAAUAUCUCAUUGGGACUGUUUCUGUGCCGGUCACCCAGAAGACUAUCACUCAGUUUUUAGGGGCUCACAAUUGUCAAGUAGAUGGAUCACUUGUCCAAGACUUAGCCACAGAAAUCUGCACAUCACAUCCUAUUCAACUCGCUAUCGGAACACAAGGCCCAUUGUCUACUGCAUGGAAGCGCAACAAAUAUUAUAUUACUAAGUUUAGUGUAGUGGAACCAGUAGAAUUUGUAAUUGACCAAAAGAACAGAAGGUCUUUUCAAUAUAUUCCUGUACUAAAAACGUUGCAGCAGGUUUUGAACUGUGAGACUAUCCUAAGCAGUGCAGUUAAUUUGAACGAGAAACUUCAAUCAGUGUUAAGUGAGAAGCAGGUUUACAGAUGUCUCUGGGAUGGUGCAAUUUUUAAAGAAAACACACUUUUCUCAAAUGAGUGUGCCGUUUCCUUAAUUCUCUAUAUAGAUGAUUUUGAGGUGUGCAACCCCCUUGGCACAUCGCGUAAAAAACAUAAAAUCUGUGCCAUAUAUUGGAUUUUAGGCAAUCUGCCACCUGGUUCUCAUUCUUCGUUGUCAUCAAUCUACUUGGCUGCAUUGAUUAAUAGUGAUGAUGUAAAGUUGUAUGGAUAUGACAUUGUUCUAGAACCUUUGAUUAGUGAUAUCCUUAUUUUGGAACAACAUGGAAUAUUUGUGCCCAAGUUAGGGAAAUGUGUAAAGGGAACAAUUCAAUGUGUUGUUGCUGACAACCUCGGUGCCCACGGUAUUGCUGGUUUUUUGGAGAGUUUUUCUGGUGCAUACAUUUGUAGGUUUUGUACAGCCACGAAAUUAGAAAUUCAAACAAGGGACGUAGGGAGUGAAGCAUUCUCUUUGAGGACAGAGGAGGGUCACGGAAGACAUCUUAAAACCCUUGAGGAAGAAUCAUUGGUCAAUUGUUUUGGUGUUAAGAGGAGGUGUGUUUUGUCGGAAAAACUUACUCAUUUUAAUGUCACUACUGGCUUUCCACCUGACAUUGUUCAUGAUUUAUUUGAAGGAAUUGUUCCAGUUGAAGUAGCUCUGUGUCUCUCUGUGCUCACCUCGAAGUACUUUACUUUGAACUUUUUGAAUGACUCUAUAAAAACUUUCCCCUUCAAGUGGACUGAUAAAGCAAAUUGCCCCCAUCCUGUGCCACUGACCUACAAAAUUAGGAGAACAGUUGGUGGCAAUUCUCACGAGAAUUGGAGUUUGAUCAGGUUUUUGCCACUCCUCCUCGGGCAGAAAGUGCCUGCUGAUGAACCUGCCUGGAAUCUCCUCACUGACUUAAAGGACAUUGUGGACCUUGUUGUCACACCGGUGCAUACUGAUGAAACAAUAGCUUAUUUGAAUUUCAAAAUCUCUGAGCAUAGAGUGCGGUUCAAGGAGGUUUUCCCAGACACCAACUUGCUUCCUAAGCAUCACUUCUUAGAACAUUAUCCACAGCUAAUUCGUCAGUUUGGCCCUUUAGUUUCUCUUUGGACUUUACGAUUCGAAGCGAAGCAUAGCUUUUUUAAGAGAGUUGUGCGGCACACUCGAUGCUUUAAAAAUGUGUUGUUGUCCUUGGCACAGAGACACCAAUUAUCCAUGGCACACCAUAUUUACACCUGUGGCUUUCCUAAACCUCUCCUGGAAGUGAAAAAGUUCUCAACUGUUAGCAUUGAUGUCCUGAAAGAUGAUAUUGCACGGGCUGUGAAACACAAGAACCCAAACGUGAAGGAAGUGUCUUUGGCCGAGAACGUCACCUAUAAUGGAUUUAACUACAGACUUGGAAUGAUCCUUGCUCAUGGUUCACUUGAAGGAAUGCCUGCAUUUAUUGAAAUCAUCCAGAUGGUGGUUCUCCAAAAGGAGUUGGUCUUCAUUGUUAGGAAACUAAGUGCUUGGUACCUGGAACACUUUAGAGCCUAUCAACUUGAAAUCUCGCCUACAAAGGAGAUAGAAGUUCUGGAGCCAUCUCAACUGACUGAUCCUUACCCUUUGGCAGACUACACAGUUGGGACAAUGAGGCUUAUCACCCUGAAGCGAUAUAUUCACGUUUAAGGUUUGCAAGAGUCAAUAUCUCUUAUAUGUUUUUUCCUGUUGUGCAGCUAGUAGCAGGGGAGCUCGAUCGUGGCUGGACAUAUUUUUUUCAGGACUUUUCCUAUGGUAGCACUCAGGAACCUAGAGCUUUAUUUGGAAAAUGACCGGAAUUCUCCCUUAAAUGAGAAAAUGUUAGUUGAAAUGAAAGCCUAAUGUCCUAAUUUUAAGUGUCAAUAAUUUAGUUAUACCUAUUUCUUUGUUUGUUUAUAUUGUUUAAUUUGUCAAUCUGGUAUGGGGUUAAUGGGUACCUAAGGUGUCUCUCCCUCUCUUUCCCUCCCACUCACAGGAUCUCUAGACAUGGCGAGUGUCACACGGCUCCUGGUGAUUUUAGAAGAGGACAGUUGCAUCAAGCUGGAGCUUCCGAAUGGCAUCCCUGGCUCCGUUGACGAAGUCAUCGAAGAAAUAAAGAAUAUUUCUGGUCUAACUAAUGAAAUACGGCUUCAGUACUACGAUGCUGACUUCAGCAGUUGGGUUAACUUGACUAAAACUUCAGACCUGAAGGAUCUUGCCACUUUGAAGGUUGUUCAACCCCCCCCUGUGACAUUAGUCUUUGAGCCAGUUGACCUCUCUGUGAAUGAGGCCAAUGUUCACAGCCAAGAUGAUGCAAGUAUCUCUUCAUCUGCAUGCUCAGAUGAUACAUUACCUGUAAGCGACGCUUCCUCGGACACCUUCAGAAAGGAGCAGUGGCCCAAGGUGUUCAUCAUCCCUACUUUCUCACUUUCCACAGAAUCUCAACUUAAGGCUGGAAAUGCAGAGUAUCAGAGCAACCAGGUUAGACUGACUCCCAGCUCUAAAAUGAUUUCCGACAUACUUGAAAGACUCGCUGACAAAGUCUAUUCGUACAGAUCCUAUCCUAGUGAUGCAGACUUGAGUGAAGUGGCACAGGCGCUCACACAGACACACCCCUGUCUGAAAGAACCAGGGUCCUUCAACCACAGUUACGGAUGGAAACAGAGGCUCAAGACGAAGAUGUAUAACUAUCGCACAUACCUAAAAUCACACAGUUCAUCAUCUGACGAGCUGACUGUGAAUUCUGUCAAAAGAAAAUCCCCCACCGACGCCCACCCAGCAAAGAACAUAAAAAAACCCAGGAGAGCCGAGUCUAACCAUUACCCAUCUCUACCUCAUGGCGAGACCCCUGAGUCCAUGGAACAAGAGAGAAUAGCCCUUUUGACUGAAGUAAAGAAAAGGAACAAUGGCAAAACAAUAAGAGCGAAGAUGGCUCAGACGUUCGCAUUUCGGAGGCAAGAAAUUGUCAACAAGAAAGCAUCUUUGGAGGAUAUUAUUGAGAGAUGGCCAGCACUCUUCGAAGUCCAAGAGAUAAAUGCAGAGUUCCACAGAGUAACCACAAUACCCCUUGAAGCAAGGUUCAUGGAGAAACUUGACGAGAAGUGCAUCGAACUGAUUCAGGUUGUCAGAAAGAAGGGUGGAGCAACUCGGGAGAAGACAAAGCUCCUGCCAGUUGUAGAAAAGGAUACUGAUAUCGGUACAAGGAGGGAGAUCGCUCUCAAAUGUCUCAUCAUCAACAUGAGAGAAUCAAUGGAUGAUCUGGUCCAAGAAUUCCUGGUGUCGGAGAAGGAAGAGGCUGAACACAUUCUUCAGGGGGCAACCAUGGCAAUCUACAUCAUCAGAGAUGCACAAGCUGCACCCAAAGACAUUGGCAUUAUACUUGAGGGACAAGAGGUUGUGAACGAGUUGCCGUCUGUCGCAAAUGCUGUCGCCAUUCUCAUGGGACUCCUUUAUGUUCUCAAUAUGGAAUAUCCAAAGACAUUGAAACAGACAUUUGAAUAUAUCCAGAAAGUCCUCAUGGAGCUGGACCCGAAAGGCAUGACCACCAAGGUCAAGAAGCUCUACGACCAGCUAUACAGUACAGCUUAGUUGCAUCGUAACAGUAGCAAGUAAAGUAGCAUUAGUCAGUAGUAGUGUUUGCUUUUGCAGCUGACUAGCUGGCAUACAUAUGUGGUGUGACUAAUUUGAGAGCUGACUGACUGACUAGAGACUUGACUGACUGACUGACUUGAGACUUGACUGACUGACUUGAGACUUGACUGACUGACUUACUUGCGCCUUGACUGACUGACUGACUUGAGACUUGACUGACUAACUUGAGACUUGACUGACUGACUAACUUGAGACUUGACUGACUGACUGACAUGAGACUUGACUGACUGACUUGAGACUUGACUGACGGAUUUUACAUUUCAGCCAGGUUUGGCAUCUCACUGUUAAUGUCUUGGGAUUGUACACUGUUUGGUUAUAUCAGGAGGAUUUUACAGUUCAGCCAGGUUUGGCAUCUCACCGUUAAUGUCUUGGGAUUGUACACUGUUUGGUUAUAUCAGGAGGAUUUUACAGUUCAGCCAGGUUUGGCAACCCACCGUUGAUGUCUUGCAAUUGUACACUGUUUGGUUAAAUCAGGACGACUUUACAUUUCAGCCAGAUUUGGCAUCCCAACGUUAGUAACUUGGAACACUGUUAAUUUAAAUCAGGGUUUUGACUGUUUUUGAAUUCCAUUUCUCAAGUGUUAAAUUACAACCAUGCAGAUACCCUGUAAAAUGUCAUGUUUUAUCAUUUUAUAAGUUAGUUAAUUGAUAUCAAUGUGUCAUGAGAAUUAUUGAUAUAUAUAUUUUUUAUUAAACAAAUAAUUUCUAUUUAGUUUUAUAUUUUAAAUGAUAAAUAUUUGUUUGAUAAAAUAUAUAUCUUUUUGAUUGGAUAAAGCAAAUAAUUUCUAUUUAGUUGUGUUUCUGAAAUAAUAAAUACUUGUUUGAUAAAAUUAUAUCUCUUUGAUUGGAUAAAACAAAUAAUUUCUAUUUAGUUGUAUUUCUGAAAUAAUAAAUAUUUGUUUGAUAAAAUAUAUAUCUUUGAUUGGAUAAAACAAAUAAUUUCUAUUUAGUUGUAUUUAUUAAAUGAUAAACAAUUGUUUGAUAAAAUCUAUAUAUUUUUGUUAGAUAAAACAUUACAUUUAAAUUAAUUGGCUUCCUUUUAACAAGAAAAUAUGAUUUUGGCCAAGUCUUAAAAUAUAGUUUCCAUGGACAUAGAAAAUACAGUUUGAGACAAGUUUUAUUUUUUCAUUGGCUCAACUUAUACAAUAUAGAUGUGAACUGUUACCCUAAAAAUUUUUA